AUGGCAUUUAUUAUCAUUUUGUGCAUAACGUUACAAUCACGAUUUUAUUGUCAGGCAGUACAAAGGUAUUACGCUGGCCCAAUAACUCCAAAAAUUCAUUUGACCAGACUUUUUAGAUUAAGUUUUCAUCAGUCAAAGGAGAAUAUAUCUCAAUCCCGUUUUGUUUAUAAAUGCAUUGAUUGUAGCUUUAGUGUACGCAAAAUGUAUUUUAUUCCAAUUGUUUAUUUAAUUAUUGACCAUUUUCUUGAUUGUAAAGAACAUCUUGUAAUUGAAAAUAUUCGUAAAGUGUUUCUUGAAGAGAGGUUUGUUCUUAUUUUGUUAUUUAUAAUUAUCGGUUUUCAUGGAAGCUGA